GAGCCGAGCAGCGAGUACAAGGAGAAUCUGCACAAGGUCAGCAAACACCUGAGGGGUGAAGUCGGUCUCCUCUUCACGAACCGCAGCAAAGACGAGGUGGACGAGUGGUUCUCCAAAUUCAAAGAGGUGGACUUUGCCCGCGCAGGGAACAAGGCGACGUACGCGGUGAGCCUGGACACGGGGCCCUUGGAGCAGUUCCCGCACUCCAUGGAGCCCCAGCUGCGGCAGCUGGGAUUGCCGACGGCGCUCAAGAAAGGAGUGGUGACGUUGCUUUCAGAUUAUGAAGUCUGCAAAGAAGGGGACGUCCUGACCCCCGAACAAGCCCGCGUCCUGAAACUCUUUGGCUACGAGAUGGCAGAGUUUAAAGUCACCAUCAAAUUUCUGUGGAAUUCGGAGACGGGAGACUUCCAGAAGCUUGCAGGAGACUCAGCAGAGGAGGAGGAGGAAGAAGAGGAUGAUGAUGAUGAGAGCAAUGAGGACUAG